CUUCGGUCUCUAUAGCAACCGGGACACGUGGUCCCCAUCCCAGCAGGCAGCGGGCGGGGCCUGUCAAGAUGGCGCUGCACAGGGGAGCACAUCCUGGAACAGAAGACUGUGAUGAUUUACCCGAGUUAUCGGACAGUGGAGAUGAUGCUGCGUGGGGGGAUGACGCAGCCUGGGAGGAUGAGGAUGGCGAGUCUAAAAUUGAGGUUCAGUGCUUGUUCUGUGAUAGGGUGGAUCAUUCUGCACAAGAGACUUUUUCACAUUGUAAAUCGCAUCAUCACUUUAAUAUUAGUGCAUUUGUAAGGAAAUACGGUCUUGAUGACUACGGAUACAUUAAGCUGAUUAACUAUAUUCGAUCCACUAAAUGCAGUGCAGAGUCUCUGAGCAAUGUCAAGGGCCCCGUCCCCUGGUUAAACGAAGAAUUCUUUAUGCCUGUUAUAAAGGACGACGCGCUCCUUCAAUUUGAUUUAGAUGAUCUGGAGGACAGCAUGGAUGUACCUGUGAGUGAUGAGUCCGUAAGGGAUUGCUCGGCCUGUGAUCGCUGUCAGAAUGCUGAGAAGCGUGCGCAGGCAGCGGAGGCUAAUUUAGCGCUGGCUUUAGAAGACCUUGGUAAAAUGAGACAACUUGCACAGGAUUUUGUGAUGAACGCAGAUGUCAGGCGUUGUUCGUCUUCCAGUGGGGCUGUAGCAGACCUGGAUGAGGAUGAAGAUGGCGCUUACUUUAGCUCCUAUGGGCACUUUGGAAUACACGAGGAGAUGCUGAAGGAUACCGUUCGGACAGAAACAUAUCGGAAUUUUAUGUAUCAAAACCAGCAUCUUUUCAAGGACAAGGUGGUACUGGAUGUUGGCUGUGGCACUGCCAUCUUAUCAAUGUUUGCAGCAAGAGCCGGAGCAAAGAAAGUAAUCGGUGUCGAUCAAUCGGAUAUUAUUUAUCAGGCGAUGGACAUAAUAAGAUUGAAUAAAUUGGAAGAUACAAUAUCUUUAGUGAAAGGAAGAAUUGAGGAGGUUGAACUGCCAGUGGAGAAAGUGGAUAUAAUUAUAUCCGAGUGGAUGGGAUACUUCCUGCUGUUUGAGUCAAUGCUGGAUUCCGUUAUCUAUGCCAAGGAGAAAUACCUGGUAGAUGGAGGCUCAGUAUAUCCAGACAAGUACCACAUCCAGCUGGUGGCGCUGUGCGACGAGGUUAAACACUCAGGGAAGAUUGCAUUCUGGGAGAACGUAUAUGACUUUGAUAUGUCUUGUAUGAAGAAAUGUGUCCUUCCUGAAGCUGUAGUGGAAAUUGUAAAACCAGACACAGUGAUUUCUGAACCAUGCAGCAUAUUGAACAUAAACUGCCAGAAGAUCGCCAUUAAGGAUUUAGAUUUUACCUCUGAAAUCUUACUGCCAAUAACAAGAGACGCCUCCUGCACGGCUCUUUGCGGUUACUUUGACGUAUUGUUUGAGGAAAACUGCCAUACGCCAGUUUCGUUCUCCACCAGCCCCUCGAGCUCCAAGACGCAUUGGAAACAAACAGUCUUCAUCCUCGAAAAGCCCAUUUCUGUUAAAGCAGGCGAAGUCUUGGACGGCAAGAUAACGGUCCGUAAAAAUAGAAAAGACCCUCGUUCUCUCAUCAUAACUCUUUCAUUAAACAAUGUGACACAGACAUAUUCUCUUCAGUAGAAGCCAUUCAGCUGUCUCCAAUGUUCUUCUAGUAACCGGAUUCUGAAAUAUUUUUUACUUUGAAUAAACUUGUUUAUUGACAAAAGAUGUGUCGAUCAUUUAAAGACAUGCCGUUAUGUUA